ACUCGCCCUGCAUUUUUGCAGGGCAACGUAGACAAUCGAUCUCCAUCCUCUCAUUGCUUUCCCCUGAUUUUCCCACAUGGAGAGCAAACCGAACACCAUCACAGCCGCCGCGGUCCCAGCCCAUGCCAUCGUUGUCAGAGAGGAGAAGAAACCGCCGCAGGCGCAGACCAAGAAGAAGCGUGGGGCGAUGAACUUCCUGAGGGCCACGUUGUUGCUGAUACGCCGUGGAUCGGGCAAAACGUCGAAGCCGUCCGUCCAGAUCGAGGUGGCCGCGACCGGCGUGCUGAACAAGGUCGUAGGCUCGAUGCGUCCCCUGCACAUGCAGAGCCACCAGUCCCCGCCGCACGAGGGCACUGCCCCCGCGCUGGUCCAUGCGGUGUCCUCUCCGGGCGAGCACUUUGUCGAUGUGCUCCCCGCAUCCCCCAUGUCGACCCCGGCCAGGCCGUACUCGCCUUCUCGCUCGUCCACCUCUGGGAGCACGAGCCGUUAUGCCUCUGCGGUCAAUCUGCAAGACCUCGUCCAGGGAAAUUCUGAUGACGACGAGGAUGACGAAGAUGGUGCCUACGAUGGGAACGGUGGUGAUGACAAGAUCGAUGCCAAGGCCGAGGAGUUCAUCGCCCAGUUUUACCGGCAGAUGAGGGCGCAGACUUACAGCGAGAAGACCCGUCGGCGCAGCAAGCAUCACGCUCCUUGACAAUCUGUUUGGUACUGACGGACGUAUAUGUUGCCAUGCACGCACUUCAUCAUUAGGGUUUUCAAGAAUAAAUGACCAUCUUAGUUUGUGCCUGUCAUUGUCCAAAAAAGAACUUGCAUAGGCCGACAGACGUCGCGUGAGAUUGAGGAGAUUGGAUUGAAAAAGAGGAGACGAUGGUAUCUAUUUAUAUUUAUGUAUUUUCAUUUUUAUUGUUACGUUGGUGUUGGUGGUUGGCUUAUUUUUUGCAAUUUUUAGGACAUUAAAUUGAGGAAGGAGCACAUGAAAAUUGUUGAGAACCAGGGGAGGAGCCGACUUUGUCUUUAUUCUAAAUUCUUAUAUAAAUGUUUGUUCUUUUUCCA